AUUCGUGCCGGGGGCUGGAUUGGGGGAGGGGGGCGUGAAUCUGAAGGCGCUCCCUGAUUUGUAAAGAGCAAGACAGGAAAAGGAAAGCCCACCUUGGUGGGGGAUGCGCAGGCCCGGUGCUGGGAACCCAGGCUGUGAUGCGAUUGUCCGCCGAGGUAGUCUGUCUUUGACCCGUGUUUUCUUUGGGAAAACACUUGACCGAGAGCGUUUGGUGUACCAGACCGAAGACUGUCGCUGCUUGAAAACGGGCAUUUCUUCGGACAAGCAACGACUGGUUUUCUUUGUUUGUUUGUUUGUUUUACUUUUUACCUGGUAACCUACCAGCCUGCGUGAACUUGGUCACAACUCUUCUUUUACAACAAGUCGAACUUGUGCCUGUGUUUUGAUGACAUUAUUCAAGUUCUUCGCCGUGUUUUUGUUUUUUUACUUUCGUGAAAUCUAAUUUAGUACUCUUUAAGAAAAAUACCCUUUUUGCUGUCAAAGCAUUGGGUUAACCGAGUUCUUCGCGAGGAGGAAAGGUUGGUUUGAGAGAAAUGAUUGAAUGUUUUGUAAGGUUCUAGAAGACGCUAGGACUAAGACCUUCAGGUUGUGAAUGUAUUUGCCCGCAGAUACAGAGAUGGUAGAAAAAAUUGGACAGUUGCAAGUUGCACGUUGUGAACACAAGAGAAGCUGCAAGAGAUGGGUAUAGUCCUGGGGAUUUCAGAUGCAUGCCAGGUUCCUACUGAUUGCCAGAGUUCAAGAUCACUACACAUGGAUCCCCAAAAUCAACAUGGCAGUGGCAGUUCCUUAGUUGUGAUCCAGCAGCCCUCCUUGGAGAGCCGGCAGAGAUUAGACUAUGAGAGGGAGAUCCCGCCUGCUGCUAUCUUGUCCUUGGACCAGAUCAAGGCCAUCCGAGGUAGCAAUGAGUACACAGAAGGGCCUUCCGUGGUGAAAAGACCCGUUCCUCGAACAGCACCAAGGCAAGACAAGCAUGAACGGACUCAUGAAAUUAUACCAAUUAAUGUGAAUAAUAACUAUGAGCAUCGACUUACCAGCCACCUGGGACAUUCAGGACUCACAAAUAAUGCCAGGGGCCCCAUUCUGAGCAGAUCCACCAGCACUGGAAGUGCAGCCAGUUCUGGGAGCAACAGCAGUGCCUCUUCUGAGCAGGGACUGCUGGGAAGGUCACCACCAGCCAGACCAGGCCCUGGGCACAGGUCUGAGAGGGCAAUCCGGACCCAGCCCAAGCAACUGAUUGUGGAUGACCUGAAGGGUUCCUUGAAAGAGGACGUCACGCAGCACAAGUUCAUCUGCGAACAGUGUGGGAAAUGCAAGUGUGGAGAAUGCACAGCUCCCAGGACCCUGCCGUCCUGUCUGGCCUGCAAUCGGCAGUGCCUUUGCUCUGCUGAAAGCAUGGUGGAAUACGGAACCUGCAUGUGCUUAGUCAAGGGCAUCUUCUACCACUGCUCCAAUGACGACGAGGGGGAUUCUUACUCGGAUAACCCUUGCUCCUGCACACAGUCACACUGCUGCUCUCGGUACCUGUGCAUGGGGGCGAUGGCUCUCUUUUUACCUUGCUUACUCUGCUAUCCUCCCGCUAAAGGAUGCCUGAAACUGUGCAGGGGCUGUUAUGACUGGAUCCACCGUCCGGGGUGCAGAUGCAAGAACUCCAACACGGUCUAUUGUAAACUGGAGAGCUGCCCCUCCCGGGCUCAGGGUAAACCAUCAUGAUUUUUGGAGGUGGGUUGAGCCUCCUGAACGUCUAGCUUUCACAUGAUGGCUGUUAUACAAACAGAUCCUUCUAGAUACUGGUUUUUCUUUUGAAAACUCCUCCGGUUCCCAUCUUCUCCUUCCUGGUUCCUAAGGUUUGACUCAUGGAUUUUACUCGACUCUCAUGGAUGCUCUUCAGUGAACGUGGACUGUGAAACUGCCUGGUUCCCACUUACCAUGAGAGCCUCAGCCAUCCACUUGAGGGGCGUUGAGAGCCAGUGGGCUUUGGUGUAGCCUUUUUGUUCUGCAAGCAACUUUCUAAAGUUGUACACAUGAACACCCCCCACCCCACCCCCCAUCCCAGGCUACAAGGAUUUAAAGUAGUUUGGGGCGGGGUACUGUGGGAACAGGGACAUUGGUUUUUAAAGAAGUGACCGUUUAAUUGCUGAAAUAAGCUAUGUAUUGAAUCUGUCUCCUCUUAGGGCUGUCUUCAUAGCAUUGGACCCUUGAGUAGCAUGGGGGAUAUAUUUUUGUUAUAACAUAAAAUUUUUCCUUUAACCACUUUGCCUUCUUGCCCCUCAUUGCUCUCCCUUCUGUUUCGGUGUGAACUUUUUCUAAUGAUGCCAGUCCCUCUUUUUUCCUUUCUGUGUAAUUUUAGAUUCGCUUUACAGUGUCAGCCUUCACAUUGGAGACCCAGUGUGUGUACCGUGCUCAUCCUUAUUCCAGCCUUCAUAGUUUUGCAGGACUCAACUGCCUCCAGCACCCAUACUCUUUCUCUCCCCUCCCUCCCAUUGUUGUCAUCGAGGGCACUUGGAUAGCUGAACUUGGUAUUUAUAGCUGAUGAAUCUAUAGAUGUCACAGAACUAUGCUGCCUGAAGUGAUCUUGGCUCCUUAAUGGUGUUUUUGGGCCCUGGGUUAGUUAGCUGCGGAGUAAUUCUAAUCUUCUCUGUGUUUUCAUCGCCUUAACCACAAAUUGUGGUGCUUUUUGUAUAUUUUAUGUAUAAAUCACAAAGUUGAAUUCUGACUAUUUUUAAGACAAAAGUCUGUUAAACUUUUUUAUUGUAAAGAAUAUUUAUUAUGCGAAUCUCUAUUAUUUUAUGAUAUUUAUUGCAAAAGACUGUUGAAAUGUACCCAUGUCUGAAUAUAACAAAGUAUCAAUACUUAACGGAAAAUACGGUGACACCAAGAAAGUACAUAUGUUAACUCUAAUGCAGAAAAUAUAUUAAUUAAUGAAACUGUC